AUGUCUAAACGUCCAGAACAUUUGGCACCUCCAGAAGUAUACUAUAAUGAAGAAGAAGCAAAGAAAUAUACACAAAAUUCCAGAAUUAUUGAAAUUCAGACUCAAAUGUCAGAGCGUGCUAUAGAAUUAUUGACAUUGCCCGAUGAUGAACCAUGCUUAUUAUUAGACAUAGGUUGUGGAUCUGGAUUAUCUGGAGAAGUACUUGAAGAGCAAGGCCACAUUUGGGUAGGAAUGGAUAUUGCCCUGCUAUAUAUUGCUGUAGAGCGUGAAUUGGAAUGUGGUGAUGUUUUGCUUUCUGACAUGGGACAAGGAUGUCCGUUUAGAGCAGGAUCUUUUGAUGGUGCUGUUUCAAUAUCUGCUCUUCAGUGGCUAUGUAAUGCAGACCAUAAAACUCAUAAUCCUGCACAAAGACUCAAAAAAUUUUUUGAAUCUCUAUAUGCAUGUUUAACAAGGCAGGCGAGGGCUGUAUUUCAAUUUUAUCCUGAAAAUGCAAAUCAAGUUGAAUUAUUGACAACGCAGGCCAUGAAAGCUGGUUUCUAUGGCGGUUUAUUAGUAGAUUACCCAAAUUCUUCAAAAGCAAAA